UAUCCUUGCCAUACGAACUGCCGUGACUCCAGGAUCCUGCAGGGUAAAUCCACCGCGUUUGGAGAUACUGAUACCGUGGCUGUUCUUCCAGUAUCCCAACAGAAGAAAGGUUUCCACUGGUCGCUCGCCUCCCAUCUCUGCAAUAUAGCCUAUACUACCUGGUGCUGCUAUUACAACGGACGCAAACGAAGACAAGAGGAGACUAGGCUACACAUUGCGACGUGAUUUUUGGAUUUCGCAACCAUUGACAACUUUUUGCACACCAAGUGUGUUAUUUUGUCUAUGUCCUGUUUGGGAUAUAUUGUGUUCGUAUUAUCUUAUCUAUAGCAUACGAUUAAAAAAAAGAGCCUUAUAACUGGUAGUAAUCCAGAAUUUGGGCACUAUUCCCACACCAGAGACCCAUACAGUGAUUAUCACAUAGAACGACACAGGAGAUAUACCUAUCCCGGUUUCACAAUGAGUCAGGGGGAUGUAUCAACUUGCUCAGCGCCUCAGAGAGUAUUCCAAGAGGCGGUGAAGCAAGGCAACACAAAGGAACUUCACUCGUUGCUCCAGAACAUGACAAACUGCGAAUUCAAUGUCAACUCCUUCGGGCCCGAAGGACAGACGGCGUUGCAUCAGUCAGUCAUCGACGGGAAUCUCGAACUUGUAAAACUGCUGGUGAAAUUCGGAGCCGAUAUUCGAUUGGCGAACAGGGAAGGGUGGAGUGCCUUACACAUUGCCGCUUUUGGAGGACAUCAAGACAUAGUCCUAUACCUCAUCACUAAGGCAAAGUACUCUUCUGGCGCACGGUGAUCUGCUACACUGCUGUCAGGUAAACACACGGAAAGCCAGGCUUUUGUAAACUUGCGUUUCGAUCUGUACAUAGUUGUCCCAAAUUAUAGCCUAAAAACACACAGUUAAUUACCUUUCAUCAAAACCAAACAGGGUCUCUCUGACUCGUGAGUCAAACACCACAUGGUUCUUGUAUCUGCUUCAGCAUGAAUCUUGAAAAAAAUAAACGCCAUUUUGGUGGGUUGGUACUAAAGCUUUUUUUUCUUGAAUGUGUAUAAUAGAUUGGGACAUAUAAAAAUAACUAAGCCGGUGUUUGGGUCCCGAGGCCAGAUAGCAGCCUAGUUUUACGCGGCGAUAGACGUUCAAUCUUUCUUGCCGCUGUUUCAUUGAAACGCUUCUUUAUUGGGCUUUGUUUUGAUGUGUCGACCUGUAGCUACGCUGUUCACUUGUAGGACCCUUUUAAAUUAUUUGAUAUACUAAAAGAUGGCACUUGAUGCUGUGGCUGCAUGCUGGAAUAGCCUAUACGAAAGGGAAGACGAGGUGGGCACGGGGAGUGAAUGCCAUCAUCUAUUUGGCUUUAAUAUUUCAUUUUUAAAUUAAAGGAUUUGAUCUAUUUCAAAGUGCGGCAUUAUGAUAUAUCCAAUUUGCUUUUCCAGAUGUGUAUUCAUUGUAACAGCAAUGUACCUAAUGUUGUUAAGUACUGUACACAAUAGCUUUACUUUGUUUCUUUAUAUAUAUAUAAAAAAAAUAGCUAAAUGCGCUCUGCCUUCAUCAAACAGGCUGCUUGGCUGGCAUCAACGUAUUUUCAGGCCAGUGCGACCAGUGUCAAUGGUUAAUGUACUAUUAAACCGCUGCUUUCGCUUUGUAUCAAAACGUCAGGAAAGUCGCAUUUGGAAUUCACUUUAUCUCCUUUCAGUAUUUUAACGAACAACACCCUGGUCAUCACUGUGAAUACAGGCUGGGUUCUAUUUAUGAAGGUACAUUGAGAAGAUGCAUUUUGAAUAUGUUGUGGUUCUUUUUUCUCUCUCUCUCUCUCAAAUCAAAUCUAUGACGUUUUUCAAUAUUUAGGGUGACUUAUAAAGCUGCUUCGGACUCUCGUAUCGUAGUAUAAACUGUCCCGUGUGGGGAUCCCGUCACGUCCCAAUUAGCCUAAAUUUGUCUGCGCUGGAGAGACUAUUCUUUGUCUCUUAUGAACUUCAUGUUUUGUUUUCGUUACCAGCUACCUCGACUGUAAAGUAUUCAAAAUCAUUGGACUCUUGCUCACUCCACAACACUCCAAUACAGGAAGUCACACAAAGAUUCCUGUAGCCUAUCCGCAACCUGGUCUAGGCCAACAUAAGGAGCAUACUCACACAGACAUUCAAGUAGCAGAUACUUUGGCAGUAGGCCCCAGGGCAAUGUUAUUCAAACCACAGAUUUCGGCUAGGGGACAACUAUGGUAUUUGUUCUGCAAAGCAAUAAUGACUAUUUACAGUUUCUUUCUCAUUGUCAACGGGGACAAUGUAUUUCCCACACUACUACCAAAUUGUAAUGUGACAAGCAAAGGGGUUUGCCUUUCUGUAAAGGUAUGGUUGCAAACACACAUUGCAAUUUUUUUUGUU